CACCUUUUUCCUCCUGUUAUUGCUUCCCCUUCAGCUUGCCGCUUCAACUAAAAGUGUGCGAUUCCAUUUCCGAACAAAAAGAAGAAAGGCAAAUAAAUAAAUGAAAUAAAUAGAAAAACAGGGGGGAAGCGGAGGAAUCGAUCGACGGCUUGAUUUCUGAUCCUUCCUAUCCAAUCCGUCCGGCGGAUCGAAGCCGCGGAGUCUGAGUUCCGAAGCUCCCCCUUUUUCUCGCGUUGGAUUUUGGUGCUUCCAGAAUCGUGCGGAUCUUCGCAAGGUUUUCUUGAAGAGACGGAGGAAAAAUGAGUUCCGACGAACUUCUCAGCAUCCAACCCAACGAGCUUAGAUUCCCGUUCGAAUUGAAGAAACAGAUCUCGUGCGCGAUCCAGCUGACGAAUCAAACAGACAAUUAUGUCGCCUUCAAGGUUAAGACUACGAAUCCGAAGAAAUAUUGCGUCCGGCCGAACACCGGGAUCGUCUUGCCUCGGAGCACUUGCGAUGUUGUAGUUACAAUGCAAGCCCAACGCGAGUCCCCACCGGACAUGCAGUGUAAGGAUAAAUUCUUACUCCAGAGUGUGGUUGCUACUCCUGGAGCUACCCAAAAAGAUAUUACGCCGGAAAUGUUCAAUAAAGAAGCUGGGAAUCAUGUUGAGGAGUGCAAAUUGAGGGUUCUGUAUGUGUCCCCACCCCAACCACCAUCACCAGUUGCAGAAGGAUCAGAUGAGGGUUCUUCUCCCCGCCCCUCUUUGUCAGAUAAUGGCAAUGCUGGGGUUGUUGAUGGUGUUGCACGGGAGCAUGUUGCUAAGGAUAAGAAUUCAGAGCUUCAGACAAAGGCUAUUGUGUCAAGGUUAACUGAAGAGAAAAACUCUGUCAUUCAACAAAACAGCAAGCUCCAACAAGAGCUGGAGCUUUUGAGAAAGCAAAGCAACAAAGCUUAUGGUGGCUUCCCCUUCCUGUACGUGGUGAUCGUUGGUUUGCUAGGAAUCCUCAUUGGCUAUCUCUUGAGGAGAACGUGAUGAUGUUGCUGUUGGGUUGUAUUUAUGGGCAAGUCUUCACAAGUGGAUUUGGACAUUGUGUGAAAAAGAGAAUUAACAUAAUUAUCAGGCUUGUUAGAUGGUUCUCUAUUGAGCACCGUUCUUACUGUAUUGGUUGAUUGUUGUCAUUUCUCUUCUAUCUUUUUCUCUCUUCCUCUUUUCCCAGUAUUGGUAUCUCUUUUUUGGGGAUUAGCUAGUUUACCCUAGAAAUCCAAAUGUUGCCUUUGCAGUUCAUUGAAGGGCAUUCUCUCAGAAAACUGGAAAUGCUUUUGUCAAUCAUGCUUUUGGCUUCUGGCUACUCUUGCUUUUGUCUUUCUUUGUCGGCUUAUCAUUGAUGUACCUAAAUUGUGUUUUUCCUUUUAUUCAUCUAAUGAAGCCCUGCAAACGGGAUUUGAGUGCAA